CCCAUUUUGCAAAUGAGGCCCAGAGAAGUGAAAUGACUUGCCCAAAGUCACGUAGCAGACAAGUGACAGAGGCGGGAAGCCACGCAGUUCCCUGCCAACGGGAGAGAGAAGCCCGGUGUUCCCGGGGUCGGACGUCUGAAUGGACCAAAGGUCUGGAUGGACGUUGAGCUCCUUCCCUCGUUGGCGUUGGACAGCCCACCUCCCUGUCCGAAGCCCGGCGCUUGCCCCGGGGUCGGGGGGUGGGCCCCUCCGGCCCCUCGGCCAGGGUCGGGGCGGCCCGGCAUGACGAACCUCCCCGGCGCCAACCCCUGGAACUCGACCGUGAGCCAGGUGGUGGGGGGGAUCACCCUCGGGACCCUCAUCCUGGUGGUCAUCGGGGGCAACGUGGUGGUCUGCUUGGCCGUGGGCCUUGACCGGAGGCUCCGCAGCCCGACCAACUGCUUCACCGUGUCCCUGGCGGUGACGGACCUGCUGCUGGGCAUCCUGGUGCUGCCCUUGUCGGCCAUCUUGGAGCUGAGCCAGACCUGGGUCUUCAGCCAGACCCUCUGCAAAAUCCACGCCAGCCUGGACGUCAUGCUCUGCACGGCCUCCAUCCUCAACCUCUUCAUGAUCAGCCUGGACCGUUACUACGCCAUCACCGCCCCCCUCCGCUAUCCCGCAGUGGUCACGCCUGCCCGGGUGGGCACGGCCCUGGCGGGGAUCUGGACCGUGUCCCUCCUGUUCUCUUUCCUGCCCAUCCACAUGGGCUGGAACGCCCAGAACGCUCAGAUGCCCCCUCACCCCAACCAGUGCAAGGUAGAGGUCAACAAGGCCUACGGGCUGGUGGACGCCCUGGUCACCUUCUACUUUCCCCUGUUGGUCAUGAGCGCCACCUAUUACCGCAUCUUCAAGAUCGCCCGGGAGCAAGCCAAGAGGAUCAACCAGGCCGGGAGCAGGGGUCAGGGCCUCGGGCCUUGCUCGCCUGCCGUCAAGGAGCACAAAGCCACGGUCACCCUGGCGGCCGUGAUGGGGGUCUUCAUCAUCUGCUGGUUCCCUUACUUCACCGUGUUCGUCUACCGGGGAGUGAGGGGGGACGAGGCCAUCAACAAGACCCUCGAGGCCGUGGUCCUGUGGCUCGGCUAUGCCAACUCAGCCCUCAACCCCCUCCUCUACGCCGCCCUGAACAGAGACUUCCGCGCAGCCUACCGCCGCCUCUUCUCCUGCCGCGGGACCCGAUCCUCCGCCCACCUCGAGUCCACUAGCUGGAGGGAGAAGAGGUCACUCGGACCGCUGGUGAGGAAUGAGACGGAGACCUCACUCGAUCCGGAACCCCCGGACAGGAAGGCUGUCCGGCCCUGGGCCCCGGCUCCCGACAACAUCCUCUCCUGCUGCAAGGGCUGGUGGAGAUCCGACCUGCUUCCGCGGGGGACGGCGAAGGUCCCGGGGGCGGCCGCGGCGAUGCCAACCACAGCGACGACGGUGACGAUAGCGACGGCGACCGGGGAGGAGGGUCCGCUGCGGCCUUCGGAGUCCCAGGGAACGUGGGCCUUGGGACCCCCGACCUCAGGAACCCCCUGGAACUCCCCAGGAAUCCCGUGUCCACUCCCCAGGUACCCCAGACGUUGUGACUCUGAGCCCCCCCGCGUGCCCUGAGGGACCAGGGCCCUCCAGGCGGUGUGCAGAGGUGAGGGAGAUACCGGCGUGGGGCCUGGGUUCCAGGCCGCGGGCACCGCUCUGAGCAGGACAGUCGAGGGCUCAGCAAGGGCCUACCAGAAGAGGUCACGGGGGCAGAGGUGGGGAUCUGACCGAGGGUGGGCCCCCAUCAAACAGCCCUCUACACACACACACACUCCCUCCUCCUCCUCCUUCCCCCCCCCCCAGCCCCCCACCAAAGACAUCCAGGCUCUCUCGAAGCCCCCCCGUCCCCCGCCCACCGGGCAGAAGACCCCAUCGUCCCCAGGCCCUGGAUGGGGGUGACCGUGGCAGAGAUCUGUUCCCGCAGAGACUCCGAGCCGGAACGUGGCAGCAACCGGUGCUGGAUCGGAACCGAAACGGGAAUAAAGUUUUUGUUCCUUUGA